AUUCAAAGGCCCAUUAAAUGUCAGGCCCAGCCUGCCAUCCCUUCUCAAAUUUCCACGUUCCCGCGCUUAGCUCUGGAAGAUCGGAAAGAGAUCGGCUAUGGAAGACGAAGAACGACAAGAACCGUGGGAAGCACUAGACGUAGACGAUUCAGUUCUCUCCUCUUUCCUCAAAUCCGCCGAUUGCGCCUUCUCUUCCCCCGAAAACCCCAUUCUCCGACGCUGUUCCCGCCCCCCUCUCUCCCAAACCCUAGCUUCUCAAUCCCAAAAAUUCAAGUCCCCGUCUCCGUUAACUUCCUCGCCACGACUCAUUCCGGGCCCUGCUGGAGCGGUUCAGUCAGCAAUGCACCGAAGAAACCGGCACAAUCAGAGCUUGUUGGACGGGGAAGAGCAGCCUGUCCCUACUCAGGAGUAUCUUAGGAGAGUUGUGGAAAAUGGCAACCCCGAUGAGGACGAUGACGACUUCGCCUGCAAUCCUUGGCUUUGUGCUCUGGAUUUUAUCAGCCGUGAAGGUAAAGGUGCUGCCACCGCGCCUUUGAGCUCGAUCAAGAACGGGAUUAAUUGCGAGAGAGUGGGUCAGGUUAUUGCCAUUAUCAAAUCAUGCACCCAAAAUGGUCUUGGUGACAUGAUGGUGACUCUGAAGGAUCCAACGGGUACAAUUGGUGCCAGCAUUCACCACAAAGUUUUUACUGAGGGUGAGUUUGGGAAGGACAUAUCUGUUGGAGCAGUUUUAGCACUCCAGAAGGUUGCUGUUUUCUCCCCUUCACGCUCUACACAUUACGUGAAUGUAACCCUUAGCAACUUGGUCAAGGUAAUCUCGAAGGAUAGUGGACCCCCAUUAAAACAAGCAUAUCCUGCAUCAAUCAAACAUACUGCUCCUGCUCCUGAAACAUGUGAAAAGUCCUGGAUGCCUAGGUGGACGUUUUCUCCAUCGCAGGAAGUAGCUGAAAGAACCAUGAAUAGCUUCAGACAAACUUCUAAGUUGAGAGGAAGUACAGAGAGUGAUAAGGAUGCGGAGAAAGGGAAUGCAGCACCUCAAAGUGGCUGCCUUGGCAAUGGAAAGAGCAGAACCCAAAAUGCUUUAAAAGAGAAAGAGUCCUUGUUCAUGAGAAUGGGUUUUGCCAACGGUAUGACUGAAGUGGCUCCAAGAAAAGACACCAUUGGUAUAGAUAAAGAAAAUGUGUCGAGUGAGGAGUCCCAACCUUGUAAACAGACUGAAGUAGGCAACACAUCCGGCAACACCCAUGGCAUUGGUGAAACAGCUAACUUGAUUGAUGAUCAAGGAAGUAGUGGGACAAAUGGAGUUAACAAGAACAGUCAGCCAGCAGUUUCGAGGACUUCACUUCCACAGUGGACAGAUGAACAGCUGGAUAUGCUAAUGGCAUUUGACUGAGGUGAUGAAUCUCAAAUAUGGUUGCUCAGUUUGGCAUAAUUGUAAUCAGGGAAGAUGAAAUUGAUCUCAAAAGCGUACAUAGAUCACGUUCUUGCACUGUUUUCCAUUGAUGGUGAUAACAUGUCUUUAAUGAUAGACAUGAAAAACUUGAAAAUUUCCAUCUCUCGUGUUCUUUUCAAAGAAAAAUCAUAGAAAUGAAAGAAAGACAGUCAAUGUAAA